AUGGCUGUAGAAAAAUCUCUAGAAGUCGAUUUUCGAGAUCCUGCUCAUGAUCCUCGUAUUGUACCUGGUAAUACUUUAACUUAUUUAAGGACAAUUCAAGGUUUUUAUAAAGAAAUAUUGGACUAUCCUGUCAAAUAUAAUCAAAGUAGUGCACAACAAUCAAUUCGUCAAGUACUAUACAAAUAUGAUGAAACCUAUAGUACAUUAGCUGAAUUAUAUGGAGGUUUACAAGAACCUAAAAGACAUUAUUAUGGCGUCGUGUAUCGUGGCAUGGGUUUAGAAUCUACAUCAUCAUCGGCAUAUAAGAAAGGAUUGUUAUUUUAUUGGACAGGUUUUACAUCUUGCACUAAAGAGUUAAAAUUAGCAACUAAAUGGAAUGGAUGUACUGCUGUCUUUUGUAUUAAUAUACCACAAAGAUUUUCCCAUGCAUGCUCCAACAUAGAAGAUAUAUCCAAUUAUCCAUUAGAAAAAGAAAUACUAUUGCAACCGUAUACAUGCUUUCGUGUUCUAAACGAUCCUAUUCAAUUUACAGAUAGUGAAAAAGACCUAAUAAAAAUAGAACUAGUUAUUGAAGGUACUGCAUGUAAUUUAUUUGGUGUGUGGACAUAUGAUGACAAUGAUCAUAAUGUAUUCUGGUUUGGACGACAAAACAAAGCACGAUGGAAUUUUGCUAAUGUCGGUUAUGGUACAGUAAAUAAUGAUCAUGAAUUGACAAUACAAUGGGGUGAUCUUCCACUUACACAUGAUAAAUAUACUGAUGUAUUAAAACUAAAACUAUCAUUGGUUUAUCAAAGUAUGGUAAUAAUAUAUGAUAGUAAUAAAAUAUUUUGGGGUACAGAAUUUCGUCGAAUAUCAAACGAAUAUUUAGAUAAAUUUGAAAUUGAUAAAAAUAUGAAAUGGAAAACGGCAGAUGAUAUAAGUGGAUGUUGGGAAGGUGAUGAUGGAUCAUGUUAUAUCAUUGGUGCUUGUUAA